AUGGCCUUACUAUUUGUUCGUUCCCUCCUAUCGCCUGAGAGGCGUCGUCCUGAAAGCUCGCGACUGCUGGGUAAUGAGCGAGGAGACUCGAUCGAUUCGGGGAUCACUAAUGCGUUCAACGACAAGCUUGAUGAAAAUGAGUAUGGACUUCUUCGCUGCAGGAUUAAUCCUCGCAUCAUUUCAGACGCGACCAUUGGACUCUCUGAUGGCUUGACUGUACCGUUCGCCUUGACUGCCGGUCUUUCUGCCUUGGGCACGACUGAUCUCGUUAUCUAUGCGGGCUUCGCUGAACUCGUGGCUGGCGCAAUAUCGAUGGGCCUUGGAGGAUUCCUCGGCGCGAAGGGAGAGGCAGACGCGUAUAUUGCAGCUCUGAUGGAGACCAAGGACUGCGUUACCAACGACAAACCGAAAGCAUGUCGAAUGGCACGCAAAGCUUUCAAGGACUAUGAUCUUCCAUCCAGCACUCUAGAUUCCAUGGCCGACAACCUCGCAUCACACCCGGACCAGCUGGUAGACUUCCUCAUGCGCUUCCACCACCAGCUUGCAGAGGCCGACUUCACCAAAUCUAGAGCAGUUGCAUGCGGCUUGACCAUUGCCUUUWCAUACUUCAUUGGCGGUUUGGUGCCGCUAAUGCCAUACUUGUUCUUCGAGCACGUCCGUGAUGCCCUGUGGUGUAGCGUUUUCACCAUGGCACUCGCUUUGUUUUCCUUCGGCUGGGCAAAGACUGCUUUGGUUGGCGAAUGCAGCCGGAUGGUGUGCUUCCGCAAUGCGGUGGAGAUGCUAGUCCUCGGCGGCGUUGCGGCCGGUGCAGCCAUGGGAUGCGUGAAAGCUAUCGGGGGCUGA